UUUUUUUAGAAUCAAACAGCAUGAUUGAAGAUACAAUGGAUUGUCAGAUCUCUUUCUGAAUCAGUAUUGGUUUCAUCUGUGUUUAUUCAUAUAUUUGUUAUAUUUCUGGAUCAGUCUUGCACAUGUAAACAUGCAAAUAUUUGUAGAUAUUACAUACAAACCUAUCUUGUCACAAAAUAUCUACUUUAAAGAUUAUUUUUUAAAUGCGUUAACUUAUAAUAUGUAUUUUAUUGCACAUUGUAGCCUUCAUAUAUUUUGACUAAGAGUUAUUUUGUUGAGGUUUAUAUCAUGAAAUUUGGGAAUGCGCAAAAACUGAUGAGUAAGUCUUUUAGCUAUUUCAUCUUUCCCAAUCUGAUAGAUUAAAUCUGAUAAAUCUGAUAAAUAAAGAUUUCCUGAAAUUUAUCUCACAUGGUUUCCACUUGAAUGGCCAGCAAAUUAGUUGGGAAUUUAGGGUUUGAUGUCCAAAAUAUCUCAAGGCACUGGGUACUUUAAGAUUAGUUUAAGGAGUGCAAAUGAAGUUGAAGCACUUAAAAAUGCAAAGUGAAUGAGGAUUUAAGCAAUUUUAGACCUUUCCCAAAGGGAUUUCUAAUCCAGUUCUUAUUUGUUUAUUCAUCUACUUUACCUCAGCAGGUGCUUGCACGCAAGCAACAGCAAGAUAGUGCUUGUGAUAUUUGAUCUGAAGCAUGGGCCCUGGGGAUUAAAACUGUAUAGGUGAUGGAAACCCACCUUUGGCUGAUUUGCAUCCCAUGAGAAUUUGUUUCUGAAUACAAAGCCAAAUUCAGGUGUUUAACCAAAGAUUAUGAAAAGCAUCCUGGAGUGACUGACCAACUGCAGCCCAAUUUUGUGAAGCAGGUGGAAGGCAAAGAAUAUAACCAGCAAAUACAACUGAUGGAGUCUAUUAAUAAUCACCAGCAGAUGGGCGUUCCUGAAAAAGCAAGAAUUGAAGAUAUUCGUUCUAAAUUAGAGAAUUUGACUAGGUCUCGAACUGCUAAUCAGGAGGUGGAUGAUUUAGCAACCUUAGAAAUAUUAGAUGAGAAUACAAUAACAGAGCAACUUGAGAAGAGCUACGCCCGAGGUCAGAUCUACACUUAUGUGGGAGAUAUCCUCAUUGCAGUAAACCCUUUUCGGAAUUUAGAUCUUUACUCUACAAAGCAUUCCAGAUUGUACAUGGGGGCCAAAAGGACUCGCAAUCCUCCACAUAUUUUUGCUAUGGCUGAUACUGCAUAUCAAUCAAUGGUCACCUAUGGGUCAGAUCGGUGUAUUGUCAUUUCUGGAGAAAGUGGAGCUGGGAAGACUCAAAGUUCUCAUCUUCUAGUUCAACAGUUGACAAUCCUUGGAAAGGCUAAUAACAAGACUCUUCAAGGAAAAAUUAUUCAAGUCAACAAUCUCUUGGAAGCCUUUGGAAAUGCAGCCACUAUUAUUAAUGAUAAUUCUAGCAGAUUUGGGAAAUAUCUGGAAAUGAAAUUCACUUCUAAAGGAACUGUUGUAAGCGCUCAGAUUUCAGAAUAUCUUCUAGAAAAGUCUAGAGUCAUAUGUCAAGCUGGUGGGGAGAAGAAUUUUCAUAUUUUCUAUUACAUCUUUGCUGGAUUGGCAGAAAAGAAUAGAUUAGCUCAUUAUAAAUUGCCAGAAAAUGAACUCCCAAGUUAUCUACAAAAUGAACUUCUGACACCAGUGCAAGAGGUCCUGAACAAUACUUUUUAUAAAUCCAAAUUUGCAUCGAUUGAGCAGUGCUUCAAAGUGAUUGGCUUUACAAUGGAGGAACUAGAGUGUGUAUAUUGUGUACUUGCUGCCAUUUUAAAUGUGGGUAACAUUGAAUUUUCAUCAGAGGUAACCGAGUACAUGAUUGACAAGAGCGUAAUUUCCAGUCCAAUGCCUCUGGAGAAUUCUGCUUCCUUGUUAUUUAUCCAAGCAAAUAAGUUGCAAGAAGCCCUAACCUCUCAUUGUGUGGUUACCCGAGGGGAAACAAUUAUACGACCCAACACAAUGGAAAAAGCUAUUGAUGUGAGAGACGCUACAGCCAAAGCAUUGUAUGGGUGGCUCUUUAGUUGGAUAGUCAAUCAUAUUAACAUCCUGCUCAAACCAACUAUAGGUUUAAGUGGAAGCGAUAAAGGACUAAACAUUGGAAUUCUUGAUAUCUUUGGUUUUGAAAACUUCAAAAAAAAUUCUUUUGAGCAGCUCUGUAUCAAUAUUGCCAACGAACAGAUUCAGUUUUACUUCAAUCAAAAUAUCUUUGCAUGGGAACAGAAUGAAUACCUGAACGAAGGCAUUGAUGCACGAAUUAUUGAGUAUGAGGACAACAAACCACUGUUAGAUAUAUUCCUACAAAAGCCAAUGGGAUUACUGUCCCUUCUUGAUGAAGAAAGUAGUUUUCCUCAAGCCACUGAUCAGACGCUUGUUGAAAAGUUUGAAGACAAUUUGAAAUCCAAAUAUUUCUGGAGACCAAAGAGAAUUGAUUUGACAUUUGGCAUUUACCAUUAUGCAGGGCAGGUUCUUUAUAAUGUAAAUGGGUUCUUAGCAAAAAACAGAGAUACUUUGCCAGCUGAUAUUGUACUACUCCUGCAAUCCUCUCAGAAUCACUUGAUUCGGCUGUUAGCAACCCACCCUCUUACCAAAACAGGUAAUUUGGCACUGAGGAAGCAUGCAAUAAAUUGUCAGAAGUGGAGACCACAGAAUCCAGUCAACCAAAUAAAAAAUCAGCAGGAAGGUUCCAUGCAUCCAAGAGAAACAACCAAUACGAAAAUACAGACAGUUGCUUCUUAUUUCCGAAAUUCAUUGAUGGAUUUGUUGUACAAACUGGCGGUUGGCCAGCCUCAUUUUGUUCGUUGUAUUAAACCAAACAACCAUCGUCAGGCGAACAAAUAUGACAAAGAAAAAGUAUUGAUUCAGUUGCGAUACACUGGAAUUUUGGAAACAGCUCGGAUUCGGCAACAGGGAUAUUCUCAUCGUAUUCUUUUUGCAAACUUCAUAAAUCGAUACUAUUUCCUUUGUUACAAUUCCAGCAACGAACUUCCUAUAAAUUCUGCUACUUGUACUGCCAUCUUGAAAAAAGCCAGUUUGGAUAAAUGGAUGGUUGGGAAAACAAAGGUUUUUCUGAAGUACUACCACGUAGAGCAACUAAAUAUAAAGCAAAAGGAGACAAUGCACAGGAUUGUUUUGAUUCAAACCUAUGUGAGAAAAUGGCUUCAUUCAAACAGAUUUAAAAGGUUGAAGGAGAAAAGGCAAGCAAGUGCAAUUAAAAUACAAUCAGUUUACAGGGGAUAUAUCACCCGCAAAGCAUUGGCAGAGGCAAAGAGUGUGUAUGGAACAGCUAUGUGGAUUAUCAAGCUCCAAUCAGUUACAAGAAGAUUCUCGAGCCAAAAGGGGGCUAAAGAAAUAAACAACGCUGCAAUAACAAUUCAGUCUUACUUCAGAGGAUACAGGGAGAGAACAAGUCUCAAAAAAAGAAGAGAAUCACUUCUCAAGAAUAAGCAAGCCGAAAUGGCAACAAGCCCAGGAAAAAAAGAAAAUCUUCCUAAAGAAGACCAAAACCAACUUAUUUUUCGAGAAAGAAGUGAUCCAACAGGAUCUGCACGAAGCUCUCAGAAACCUACUGAAGCUGGCCAACAAAUCACAGAGAAUGAAGCAAAGGCAGCACUAAUCAUUCAGAGUAUUUAUCGAGGGUACCGAGUAAGAGAUCAGCUCAGAAAGAAAAAGAAGUUACCUUUGGAAAAUCAAGGUGAUAGUGAGUCUGAUGACCUAGCUUUAAAGGGUGGCCCAGAAGAGGAAAAACCUAACUUGGCUGUUUUCUCCAAGCAGAUAUCAAAGUUAUCAGAGAACUAUCUGUCUCUGGAGAAGAAACUGAAUCACAUACUUUUAUCCAAUCAGCUGAAUCCCAUGAAGCUCCCCACAAACUACCAUCCCGGCAGUCACCUUUCUUCAUAUGUAUACCAGUCUGUUGGUUUCAAAAGAGAGGAUGGCGAUCAUAUACAGAGAAGCCCAAGGCGAUUUCCAAAAUCCAAGAUUUUAGAUGAUCCUGAAGAUUCAACCUUUUAUGCUCUUCUACAAAAAUUCUCGUCUAUGCAAGAUGAAAGGCGAAAAGCAAGAAGUAACAGUCUGGGCAGGAUACUGAAUAUAGAAGAUCGGUACUACCAAGAGUUUUCAUCUACUGAUUUCGUCUCAAAGGAUAGAAAUGCCAGCACAAGAGAAAAGAAUCUCCUGCAAGACCCUAUCUCUGCAACAUUAAGGAGUGCUGAAGGGCCAAAGGUCCCUGGGAUCCCGCUGAAAGAGAAUGAAGAUGAAGAUUAUCCUUUUGACUACCAAAAGCUACUCCGGAAGACUUCUCAACGCAGGCGCCUUCUUCAGAAAUAUUAGCAGCUGCUGCUACUGUUUGUUCUUCUUCUUCAGCAAAAUCUCUGCUUUUUUUCUUAUUGUUUUGUUUUGCUGGGGGGCGUAUGGAAUUCCCAUAUCCUUUUCUUUUGAAUAAACCUCCUACAUACAUAUAUUAGCUGUGUAUUUGGGUAUAUGAAUAUGCUAUCUUAGCCUCUUUCCAAAGGGAGACACUAGGCUUUGUUAUAAUGUUUGUUUGUUUAAAUAUGCAAACAGAUAUGAAAAAUAUUGCUCUCCUGUACUAUCUCUAACUCUUAAGAGUUCGUUUUGGAGGGAAGGGGAAGUACAUUAUUUUUCAUUUUGUUUUACUAUAUGUUUUGCAUAGCUUUAUCUACAUAGUGAGAUUGCUUAUGAUCUGCCUGGAUCUUUGAACCUUUCACUUACAUAUUAUGGUUCAGAUGAAGUUAGUUUAAUUAAUGUAAAUGGAUAAGGAAAUAAGCCUUGAAUGUUAAAAGAUUGGGGGCUAUAGUGGAGGCAGUGCAGGUAAUUUAAGAAGCAACUUUAUUGUGAGAACCAACUUUCAAAUGAGCAUAUGGACAUAUGGACAUGAUAAACACAUACGUGUAAAACGUGGCCUCUGUUUGUAGCUGUGACAACUAACCAUCAUCAUUCAUCAUUUUGGUAGGCAUUGUAUUCAAGCAAAAAAUGUUGUACAUCAGUUAAGCCCUUUUGUGGGUAGAGAAACAAUGAUUUCAGAGGGGAGAACUAUAGGGGGGAUUUGUAUCCUCUUCCUACAAAUCUGGUAAUUAGAGGUUCUUUCCUUUAAAAAAAAACCUUUAGUUUUCCUCUACUGUGAUAGCAAAAUACAGUACAGAUUCAUUUAUUUUGCCCUGGUUGUAUUAGAGCAAAAAAAAAUCAUGUGCUUCAUAGUGAUUGUGUUGUUGUUGUUUUGCAUGAGUAGUUCAAAAUUGACUUGUAGGGUCUCUGCACAGUGGGAAAAAUUAUUUUCUCUCAUGUUUUGACCAGAUUAUCCUGCAGCCACUAGCUCAAAUGGUUAUGGUGUAACAAAGACAUUUUACAUAAUGCCACUUUCGUAAAUGGAAUAUACAUAUACUAUUAAAAAGAGAAAUUGUGAAAUUACA